UUUCAGUGUCGUGAGAUCCUUGGUAAUUGCGGAGUGCCAGCUAUCGGUCUAAUAACGUAUUUAAUUAACAAUAAUGUUUUAUUGACAUUAGUACCUGUUUGCCGCUGCCUCCUUGUUUUAGAGCAAGUCGAUCUGAAUUCCAUUAGUUUGGAACGGUCGCACAGAUAAGGGACAUCAUGACACGCGUCACCUCUUGUAUCGUCCUCCUGACGGUGUUCCUGACUGCCUGCAACUCCGUGGUCGCCGAAAUUGAGAAUGAAACGGAACUUAACACACUACAUCCAAUUAGUCGGAAUGGCAAAAUAGUGUUAGUGAGCGAGGAGUUGAAGAAGAAGUUAGAGCAUGAGCACUCUACUUGGCACUGGACUCCAUGGUUGAGGACUCGAGUGGAAAUCAACGAAGAUGGUGUAGCGCAGCAGACGUGCCCUGCUGGAGACUCCAUUGAAAGUUUCCCUGAUUCGAUCUUUACUGAUGAACAGCUGAGACAGGGUGCUUUCCUGCUAUAUGUACUGUUCGGUAUCUACUCAUUUACACUUUUGGCAAUCGUGUGUAAUGAUUACUUCAUUCCUUGUGUGGAACUGAUUUGUGAAGACUUAAAGAUUCCUCAGAAUGUAGCAGCGGCCACUUUCAUGGCUGUCGCCACGUCUUGUCCCGAGUUCUUCGUUAAUGUGAUUUCGACAUUUUUGACCGAGUCUAGUAUGGGUAUCGGUACCAUCGUCGGUUCAGCUAUUUUCAACGCACUCGGAGUGGCUGCCGUGGGAGGUCUCGCUACGGUCAUACCAAUCAAAAUAGAGCGUCGUCCUGUGACUAGGGAUGUGAUUAUCUAUAUGAUUAACGUGAGUGUCCUGGUGGCUUUCGUGUGGGAUGGACAGAUUGACUGGUACGAGGCUGUGGUACUUGGAGUACUGUACGUCCUCUAUUUCGUCGUCAUGUUCAACAGUGUCAGAAUGUUCGCCCUUUACGACAGAUUAGUCGCCAAGUGGUGCAAUAAGAACAACAAUUUGGAAAUUGCAGAGAUGCCGCGCAUAGAAAACGAAAAGUCUAUUGAAGAAGGCGUGGAUAACAAAGGAUUCAGCGAUACAACUCUUAGUAAUCCUGAGAAAGUGUCCGUCGUUGAUAACGUUGAAACUGAGGUCGUUAAACCUAAGAAGAGUGUGUUCAGAUGGCCUAAAGAAAACUCCAACUUGUAUAAGUUCUGGUGGCUCUACACUUGGCCCUUGAAACUUGUGCUGGGUAUGACCAUCCCGUCGCCUAUUUCUUGUAGAAGAUGGUACCCAUUUGCUUUCUUCAUGUGCAUCGUCUGGAUUGGUGCUAACUCGUACUGUGUGUCUUGGAGUAUGACUGUGAUUGGUCACACUUUCUACAUUCCCGAAUCAGUGAUGGGAAUGACGUUCCUGGCAUUUGGUGGAUGUCUUCCCGAAGCCUGUUCCGUAUUCAUCAUGUCCAGGCGAGGUGAAGGAGGUAUUGGUGUCUCGAAUGCUUUGGGAGCUAACUCCUUGGCAAUUUUGUUCGCGUUGGGUCUGCCAUGGCUCAUCAAGACUUUGACCCUGGUAGCGCAGGACGCCGAUGAACAGGCCGUGCUCAUUAACUCGGCUGGUAUUGACUUCGUAGUGGGCUCUCUGCUCGUAGCCGUCGCCUGUUUGUGGAUCACCCUAUACAUUGGCAAAUUCACGCUCAGAAGAAGCCUUGGUGCCAUCCUCUUGGUCCUCUACGCUAUCUUCAUUACCUUCGCUAUUCUCGUAGAAAUGGGAAUCAUUUUAGACCGAGGCAUUGAAAUAUGUUGAGUAAUUCCUUAGCAAUUUCAUUGGAUUAAGAUAACGGAGUUAGUAAUCAUUAGAGGUUAUUAAUUCUCUUUGGCCUAGUGUUCGCUCAGAUGGAUCACUUUAGUUAACGAUACCCACAAAAUGUACAAGUUCUAAAUCAUUAUUACAAUAAGUGUAGCAACUCAAUGUUGAUGUUAGUGGCUGUAUUUCAUAUGUUGGAGAUUUUAAAGCAAAUUGACUGUGUUGAACACUUUCGCCUGCACAGACACAUGUAAAUCAUGUAACGUUUUGAAUACAUAUUGGGUAGAGAAAUAACUUUGUGUGUAUUUUAAUGAAUUUCAGUAGCUUGUGAUCCUUUGAGCUAUAUCGAGGCCUUAGUUUAAUACAUAACUCGUUACUGGAACAACCAAGAGAGUAUACUCGGACUUUUAAUUCGAUUCGGUAAAGAGACAAUUUUAGUACUUAUGAUAUGGUGAUGACAAUUACCAAAUUGUUACAUUCAUUACCCCAUAAUAGAUAGUUAAUUGAAUUGGCGAUAAAAUAUUGAUGAAUAAAAGGAAUAGGCAGGUAGUGUGAUAUUUCAUUACAUUCUGGGAAGUGCAGUAUAGACGUCCACUCUCUCGCAAUGGUUGCAAUUUAUUACUAAGUGAUAAGUGAUGAUAAUGUUGUCUUAAUACAAAAUCGUUCAUUUCCAUUUCGAUUUGCCGAAUCUACUCCUUUUAUAUUUAUCUUUAUUUUAUAAUCUAAAUAUUACUGUCAGCUUACAGGAUAGAAUUAAAAGUCUGAGUAUAGGUAAUAAGCGAUUACAAAAGGUAAGCCAGGAUCUGAUUAUACGCUGCUGAUUACGAUUUUGAUAUUUAAUAAAGACACAGGGUGACUGGUUGAACGCGGAUACAUACAGCGUGUUUAAGCACCACCACCAGUUUGUUAUGUGUUUACAAAGUUUGAAAAUGUUGAUAAAGUUACGACGAGAGCUAGGUAGGCUAGGUAGUUUCAAAUUUUGACGGCCUCUACGUCGAAACGGAAAAAAUGCCAUUUUCGUUUCCUUGCAUUAAUAGAAAGUAAAGAUACACAUGUAUGAUUGUGAAUAUUUAAAUACGCAGCAUUUUUUAUUUCGUUCACUGUUUUUCAAUCGACUAGAAUCGAAUCUGCCGCUCUCGAUGUUAUUUCUGGUCAGCGAUGCGCGAGCAAAACACGAAUCUACAUAUCUGUUUCGUUAGAUUCAGAAAAACUUGGAUUAAAAGCGGUAUUUUGUUUUCGACAUUCUCAUCAGGAGAUACCAAAGAGAUAUCUUCUGAUACAAAGGAAUUACAAUGUGACCUACUAAAAGAAAUGAUAUGUCAUAGUUCUUUUGUUUCUGUAACUUCAUCACAUGUUUCAUUUACCUGUUGCUAUCACAUUGUGGUUGUUGGAUCUCCUCCGUUGAACUAGUCAGUCUGCCAUACCGGUACAAACGCUUGUGAUAUUUACUUACCUUCUUGUUGGGUCGGUGGCCCCGUUAAAUCGCGUCCUAUUGCAUUUGUUAGAUUAAGUAAUUUAAAUGUAUUCCUACCUCGUACAAAAUAUAGUAAAACUCUAUUUUUGCGACUGAUAGGACGUACUUACGCAUAAUAAAUGAACUUUAAUUAGUACCUAAGUGUGUAAAUUAUACUUAUUUAUUUAGAGAUGUUUAGUUUUGUGUGAAAUUUCUUUAUUUCUUCAUCGAAGUCUACGAGAAGUUUGAUGCAAAUAGAUGUAGUAGAUUGGUUGA